UAAACUAUAAUAGUCUAAACUCUUAAGUCAUACAUAAGCCCUUCCCUAUUUUCUACAAUCUUAUAAAAUACCAACUUAAAUAAAUUGAGACAUUGACAAAACAUACUUGAAAAUCUUUAAGAAAAAAAAUCCAAUAAUGUCUUUCCCAAGAGUAUUAUUAACAGUUGGUUUCAUUUCCUUAUUUCAUUCUGCAUUUUCUGCAGCUCAGCAUCGUUCAUAUCUUCGGAUUACAUCGCAGGAGUUCACAACGUUACCUUUAGAUAUAGUCAUACAAGCAGUUGGGAGCUUAUUUGCAGUAAUGUGGGGUGUUAUGUGUAUAGCUGGAAACUUAAGGGAAAUACAGGCAGCUGCUGAAUUAAACAACUCAACUUGGGAAACCCAAAUGAAUCUACCUUCAUUCUACAUAUUUAAUCAUAGACAGAAGGCAUUGAGCUCAGAAUAUGUUCAAAUUUCAGGGAAAGGAGACUUGGAGAAUCCUGAAUAAAUAUAGUUUUUCAUUGAGUA